AUGGCCUCCCCUCAAGCCCACCACCUCUUUCAUGCUCCAAUUGCUGACCAUUCGUUCUCCUCUGACCGACAGACGCUUGCUGUCGCUCGGGAGAACAACCUGGAACUGUACCAAGCAUCAGGCAGCAAGUUCUCGCUGAGCGAUGAACUCAAGGGCCAUGAGAAGACCGUUACUAGUGUUGACAUUGCUCCGAACAGCGGUCGAAUUGUCACUUGCUCACAAGAUCGCAAUGCCUACGUCUGGGAAAACACCCCCUCCGGCUGGAAGCCCACCUUGGUCCUUCUUCGAAUCAACCGCGCUGCAACCUUCGUCCGAUGGUCCCCCUCUGAACAGAAGUUUGCUGUCGGCUCCGGAGCCCGCGUUAUUGCCGUUUGCUACUUCGAGGAGGAGAACGACUGGUGGAUCUCGAAACACUUAAAGAAGCCUAUUCGCAGCACAAUUACCACACUUGCUUGGCAUCCGAACUCUGUGCUGCUCGCAGCCGGCUCCACCGACUCCCAUGCUCGCGUCUUCUCGAGCUUCAUCAAGGGCAUUGACACCCGCCCUGAGCCUAGCGCCUGGGGUGAGCGACUUCCCUUCAACACAAUCUGCGGUGAAUUCCUGAAUGAUUCGGCUGGAUGGAUUCAGGGUGUUAGCUUCUCUCCCAGUGGUAAUGCUCUGGCAUUUACCGGACAUGAUAGUAGUGUCACCGUUGUUUAUCCCAGCGCCCCUGAGCAACCCCCUCGGGCCAUGUUGAACAUCUCCACCCGACUCCUGCCACUGAACAGCCUCAUAUGGAAUGGCGAGAAUGAAAUUAUUGCAGCUGGCCAUCCAUUCCGCUUCCAAGGCGAUGAAAAUGGAUGGCAGCUCACGGGCUCUUUGGAAGACAAGUCUUCUGGUGCUGGCGGUGCUCGUGAGGAGUCUGCCUUGAACAUGUUCCGUCAGAUGGACCUCAAGGGCCAGACUAAAGCGGAUACCAAGCUUAAGUCGACUCACCAGAAUACUAUCAACACUAUCCGGGCUCACGAUGAAGAUAAUGGACAGGUCAAGUCCUUCAGCAGUAAGUAA